CACAUCCCGCCUUAACCCCGCCCCCUUACUAGCUGCAUUGAGAGUUGGACUCAGGCUCGUCUGCUCGGCUGCAGAGUUUGUUAGAGAGGACAGAAGGAAGCUGAAAACGUUAUAAACCCUGAGAAUGCCCAGUUGUUUCGUCAAAUCGUGCUCCUACAAUUGGAGAAAUGACAACAUUACUCUGCAUGCUUUUCCACGCGAUCGAGAUCGAAUCAAAACCUGGCUCGAAAAAAUCAACAUUCCUACGGAAGAAUUAGAAUCGUUGGUCGAAACAAUUUCACAAUCUAAAAUCUGGAAAUUUAAAAUUUGUUCGAGACAUUUUACAGAAAAGGAUUAUGAAUUAAAAGGGACACAAAAACAUCUAAAGAACACAGCGUACCCUUCUUUACUAUUAGGAAAACGCUUGGAAAUCUGUCAUGCCGAAUAUGAACACAACUACCCAAAACGUCGAAAAACAGAAACUGAGAUGCCUUCAGAGUCCUCAAUUGAUGUCUUUGACGCUGGCUGUGGAGCAACUCAAACAUCGAUGGAAACAAGUUCUGAACUAAAUGAUAAUUCGAGGGCUUCCGUAUCAGAAGUUAGUGACUGUGACGUGGUAGCCUGCCCACCUGCGGACUGUGACGUGGUAGUGUGCCCACCUGCGGACUGUGACGUGGUAGUGUGCCCAUCUGCGGACUGUGACGUGGUAGUGUGCCCAUCUGUGGACUAUGACAUGGUAGAGCAUCCAUCUGCGGACUGUGAAGUGGUAGUGCAUCAAUCUGUGGACUUGAACUUGGCAGAAAGUAUAAUUUGCAGUUCUGUUGAAACUGAACCAAUGGCGGUGAUUGAUCAAUCUGGGAAACAAGGAGGAAAAGCAAUUACCACUACUAUUUCCUCACAUGCUCGUCAAAUCAAGCAGAAACGAAAAGUUACGAAAAUACAUCGAGGCAUCCAGUGUCAACUAAAAAAGGACGUUAAAGCCAAAAAUAUCCAGGUCUCCAUAGCUAAGCCAACAGUCUCUGUUGCCGUACAAUGCUCUCUGGUUAAAUUACCUCCAUUGACCCGAAUACCAAAAUUGGAAAGAAGUAUGUUAGAGUUUGUGACUAAUGAAGUUAUUCUACAAUCCGCUUUUUCUGAAAAGUUUACACUGAAAACAAACAGAAAAUUACAACAUCAUGUGCCUACAAUACAUCACGAUCCAAAUGUCUUUGUUCUCGGAUCAUCAGCACCUAAAAGUUCCUUACAAGAAUCAAUACCAUCGGUAGACACUGAUUUUGAAAUUUCAUUCAAUGCCCGAAAAAAGGAUAAAGAGCAAUCUUAUCGUCCGUCUGAAGAAGAAGACGAAAUGUAUUCUGAAGAAUCGGAGAAUGAACACUUAAACUUCGAUUCGAAUGAACCAGACCCUUCGUUUUUAUAUUUGCAAGAAGAAAAGGCCGACGUGGCGAGCCAAAAAACAUUUUUGGUGUUUGAAGAAUGCCUCGAUCAAUUAUUGAUGCGAUCUCGUUGCUUGCAAGAUCCGCGUUGCGCCGGGAGCGUUAUCGCUCUUAAAAAAUGCGUCAACGGAUCUGCGUUGAUCGUGCAGGCGGAGUGCAGUAAACAUCAUAGAUUUGAACUGUGGAGAAGCCAACCCUUUAUUGGGCGAAUGCCAGCAGGAGACUUGAUGAUUUCAUCCGCGAUCGUAUGCAGCGGAUCAAAUUAUUUGAAGACAAAUUUAUUUUUUUCAGUUUUAGGAAUGUACAGUAUUUCGGCGAGCACGCAUUACAGCAACCAAAAAAAUUUCUUAUUUCCAACGAUUGAACAUCAUUGGAUGACUGAACGAAAGAAGGUCAUUCAAAUAAUUGGUGACAAUAGCGUAGCGUUGAUUGGUGACGGCCAAUUGGAUACGCCUGCAAAGUUCUGCACCUAUACAUUGAUGGAUUCAGAAACGGAUUACAUCAUAGAUUUCCAAGUGGAGCAACUACAACCCGGUCGGACCUCGGCGUCUCUAGAAAAGUUGGCAUUUGUUGAGGCCUUGGAGCGCGUUUUAGGGGAUCGAGUUCAGGUCAAAGCCAUUGCAACCGACAGACGUGUCUCCAUCCGAAAAAUAAUAAGGGAGAAAUUUAAGAAAAUAACGCACGGAUUUGACGUAUGGCAUAUGGCGGAAUCGAUUGGAGCAAAGCUUAUGGCUGCGAGUAAAAAAAGUAACAGUCGAGAACUUGCUGGUUGGGUUCUUUCAGCAAAAAAACAUUUAUGGUGGGCAUCCAGUACUUGUCAGGACAAUCCUAUUCUACGCAAAGAAAAAUGGCUUUCAAUGCGUUAUCAUGCAGCUAAUGUACACGAAUGGCACGGAAAUUGUCUAUAUCAUCGCUGUUCGCAUACUCCAAAACCUAGCGAUGAAGAAGGGAAAUACGAUUGGCUUAAACAAGGAUCUGCAGCUCUAAAUAACCUAAACGCCGUAAUUCAAGAUAGGACACUGCUCAAGGACCUCGAUCAUCUUUCUGGUGUUUACCAUACAGGAGCAGUCGAAGUAUUUCACAGUAUGGUGUUAAAAUAUAGAUCGAAACGGCAUCAUUUUAAUAUGGACGGCGUGGUGGCAAGAACACAACUUGCUGCCCUCGACCACAAUCACAACAUUAAUAGGCUGAAAGCGGUUGUUAGAAAAGCAGAAAAAAAUUGGGAAAACAAAGGCUCCUCACGUCACCCUUAUGGCUUCAGUAAGGCGAAUAAAGACUGGGUUGUAAGCAAAGUAUAUGAACCAACUUCUCAGGGAUUCAUGAAAGAGAUCAUCCAUGAUGUCAUCGACCUUGCUGCCGGAAUCAAACAUUUUGCAUGGAAUUCUAGACAGGAAAAUGUUUCUCAAAACAUUGCUGGAUUUCCACGACCACAAAAAGAACUGCUUGCGGCAAAACGCGGUAACCCGCGUUUAGCAGCGUUUCGUUUAUAGGCGUUUUUUGUUUUUGCCCAUUUAAACAUUUUUUUUUCCUUUGAAACGCUUCUAAAAGUAAAACGCCACUAAAUGCGGCAAAACAGAGCAGUUGUAAAAACGUCCAUGGAGCCUUAAAGUGGAUGUAAAUCCGAAAAAAUAAAAU